AUAUCAAGCACUAGACACACACAUACGCCGCAUAGCGCACGCACACCAACACUUCGAGCAGCCGGUCCAGCGGAAAAGUUUCUAGAACGUCGUCGUGAAACUCGAACUCCAUUUAAAUCUUUCCCCCAACAGCUGAGUGAUAAUUAAUUAAAUAUAGUUUAUUGUGGCUGCAACAACAAAGGCCCAAAUAUAUAUUAAACAGAAAGCAACGUUCAAGAAACCAAACGCAUUUGUCAAGGAAACGUGUUCAAAAAUUAACAGAAACAAGCCUCAAAACAAACCGAUAAACAAACAAACUAACAAACAUAAAUUAUUCCCUCAAAAGUGAUUAGAAUAUAUUGUUAUUUGUGCGAGAAAAGAUCUGUUCGCGAGUGAAGUGUCCGCUUGAGAGAGCGCUAUGUCCGCAUCUGCUGCCUCCGGUUCGCGCAAUAAACACUCCAAAAUCCGUAACGAUGAGCAGAAUUUUGAUGUAACAAAGGAAGAGUUCGACCGUUUCCGCCAGGCGCUCGGCCAGGAGGAGUUUCGUAAGCUGUUCUUCGAGUACGUGGAGGAGAUCCAGGACCCCGCUAACCGCAAGAUCUACGAGGAAGAGAUCACGCAGCUGGAGAAGGAGCGUGGCGUGGAGGUGAGGUUUAUCCACCCGCAACCUGGAUUUGUGAUAAAGACAGCGCUAGAUGGUGAGCUUAAGUGCUUUAUCAACAUCGCCGGCUCGCCGGAGAUCGAAAGACCCAAGAAUGAAGUGGCCAUGGAUCCCUCGAACGGCAGUCGCGGUCUGAGCUGGUCCAUUCCCAUGGCCCAGACAUCCUCGCGUGAUGACUGCGAUGCCAAGAACAACCUCUGCAAGGUUUUCGACGUAGUCUUCCAUCCGGACGCUCUACACUUGGCCAAGCGGAACCAGCAGUUCCGUAAAUGUCUCAUUGACACUGCGCUGGAUGCUGUCGAGCGGGAGUAUCAGGUCGCCCUGGAUCGCGCCAAUCUCAAGUUCCCCAAGCUGGACUACAAGGGCAUCUCCCGACCCACUGUGAUACGCAAAUUGGCCAAGAAUCACUCGGCCGAAGACCAGGAACCCCAUCCCCUGGACAUCUAUCCCACUAAGCUCCCAUCCGCCUCUGACGGGAAGCCCCGAGUCCUGCCCAUGAAGUCCAAGCCAUCACCCGUGCCCGAGUUCACGGUGCCCAAGUAUUCGAUCAAGCACAGCCACGAUGUGGAUUUAUCCGAGUACACAGACGAGCUGGACGCCAAGCUGCAUGUGACUGUACCGCGCUCUCUGGUCGUAGAGAUCGAGCUGCCCCUGCUCCGUUCGACAGCCGAGUGCCAGCUGGACGUUACCGCAACGUCCGUUUAUUUGCUCAGCGAACGCCAGGGAGCCAAGUACCGGCUGAAGCUGGACCUGCCCUUCACCGUGGACGACAAGGCUGGCAGCGCCCGCUUUGACACCGAUCUGCGCCGCCUGAACAUAACGCUGCCCGUGGUGCGGACUAACGUACGCGAGCAGCGCCAAAUGCAUGAUACUUUGCGCCACUUAAGUCGCGAGGACAGCGGCGUGGAGCUCCAUUCCAACAGCGAGUCGCCCGUAGAGGAAGACUGCGAUGGCGACCUCAGCGAUUCCAAGGCGGAUACCUCCGAGACUGCCACGUCCACUGCCACGCCAGUGCAAAACGCCUUGAUGCCGUUCCUUAAGAGCUCCGUGCACUAUCAACUGCCCGCCAAGUUCGACUGCAAUGUGCUGGAUAAUGUGAUGGCGUUCGUGCUGCAUGUGCCAAACGUUCAGCCAGACUCCAUUCAGCAGCUAAAGGAGCAGCGGAGCCUGCACCUGCAGUUUGCCACCAUUGGCAGUGGCUACUAUCCCACCCACUAUGCUUUCUACGUGGAGCUGCAGGCCGAGGAUGCAGAUCUCUCCAUCGAAAGUGCAGAGGCAGAGGCCUGGGACAAUAAUGUGGUACUGAAGCUGUGCUUCAGUGCGCAGAGCGAAACGCCACAGGGAUAUUUAGCCGGACUGGAUGCCACGGAUCUCACGGAGUACUCAGUCCACGGCCAGUACAAAGUAAAGGAUAAGAAGGGGGACAAAGCGAAGACUGAGGAUGCCCAGCUCGAUGUAAAAUUCAAGCACAAGGAGGGCCAGGCCCUGAAAGUCACCAUUCGCCCGGUGCCGAAGGAGAACGAAAACGAGGAGGAGGAGGAAGAGGAGCUCGAAGACCCUGAGCAUGAGCAAGAGCCGCAGAACGCUCAUAUCAAGAAGCCGAACAAGAAGCAGCGCAAGCGGAACAAGAAGGAGCGCUCCCUCUCCGAGUCGGCCUGCGAGGAUAUUCUCGACCAGAAAGCCCUGACUGAUAUUCCAGUUCCACAGUCCAAGGCCACGCUGAAGCUUCCGCAGCGCAAGCAGCGCAGCUACUCGGAGUGCAACGACAGCAGCUUGGGCAGCGGCAGCUCCUAUCGUGGCAUCCUUAAACGAUUCAGCCGCUAUGGACCUCGGCCAUCAAUGUCCGACAGUUGCUCCUCCAUCGACGACUGCUCCUCCUCGUACUCGUGCUCCGUAGACGCUUCCGGAGUCACGCUUUUAUCGCACUCUUUUGGCGGCAUUCCCGAGGAGGAUCGAGGCGAUGCUGGACUCUCGGAGAGCUGCAAGAAGACUGUUAGGUUUAAUGACCACAUCAUGAAGCAAGUUUUCCGACUCGAUUCCAGCAUCCUGGGUCAGCGUAAGAAAAACCAGAAGCGCCGUGAUCUCAAGAUGCGGGCCCAGCAACGUCGUCUCAGCGAAGGUGAUUCUGUGGAUUACGAGGAGACCCGCGACGCUCCCAUCAAGCAACAAGGAAACCAAUCAAAGAAAGGCAAUAAGCCGAAGGGAAGCUCGUCCUCGUUCCACGACAGUGGGCUGGAUCUAACCGGGGGAGCUGCCCACGGCAACAACAGUGAAGCAGAUGCCAAGAACGCCAUGAUGUUUGAAAUGGAUGACGAGGACUAGGAUGAUAUUAUGUAAACACGAAAUAUAUUCAUAGUUUUUUCGAGUGUUUUAGAGGCAUGUUUUCAAGCUAUUUAUAAAUUAAUUAUUGCUACUUUUUUUAAAUAUUUAUACACAUUGUAUUUGGUUUUGCGUCCAAAAAACUCGCUCAAUUGGAAAUCUAAUCAUACAACAAAUUGUAUUUAGGCAACGAAAAAUCAGGGCAAAACGGAAAUCAAAAUAUUCAUAAAACCAUUAAUUGUUAUAUAAUUCGGUUGAUCAUUGAAAUUGUUAAAACAGAAGAACGAACCUAUUACUAUAGUUCAUAGUUACCCAUGUUCAUUGCAAACUAUAAGUUGUAAGUAAACAUUAACGCAUUCAUUUAUUGGCAGCCUGCAUGCUAAUAGCUCACCAUCAAUAACUACUACACAGCAAACAUAAACAAUAUCAAUAGUUAACAAUUCCUCUAGUAUUAUACACGCAAAACAGCAUCCGAAGUAGUCUUUAAGCCAUGGCUGAAGCAAUGAAUGUAACUUUAACUUUUGUAAACCAGCGGAAAGUUAAAAUAUAUAUACACCCCAAGUGAA